AUGGUCAACGAGCGAGCGCCCCCCAAGGGCCCAGCACGCCCGCUCCAUCACAACCGAGAGGCCCAGCCCAGCGCCAGCCGCCCCGACAGGCCGGCCUCGUCAGACUUUGACCCCGAUGCCUUGACCGCCCGCUUCGACGCCCUGCGCGUCACACACGGCGCCUCCCAAACCGCCCCGCAGCAGCAGCCCUCGCCAGCCGCCAACUCGGCCGCCAAGAGGGCGGAAAAGACAGGCCCUCCGCCCGUCAGGGCGCCGCCUCCGCCAGCCAGGGCGCCGCGCGACAAGCCCGCCGACAGCGAUGACGCCCUGAGCGCCUUCUUCUCCGACCGCCGCGACCCCUUCGGCGCGCCCUCGGCGCAGGGCCGCGGCCACACCUUUGGCCACCCCACCAAGAUGAUGUCGUCCCUCAAGCAAAAGGCCCACGGCAUCUUCAACGAGCGCAGGGCCCGCCCCGAACACCACAGGGAGGACAAGCACAGGAUCAACGUCCCCUCGGUGCCCAUCUACCAGGACCGCAAACCGGAACCCCUCAACCUCUUCCGCUCCAUCGGGCCCGACGCCCACCCCGCCACGUACAAGGGGCCCGGCGGCGGGAGCUUUGGCGAGCCCGACUUCUACACCGACCCCACCAAAGCCACGUCGGACCUCAAGGCGCUGCUGGAAGGCGGCAUGGACGAGGACGAGGACGAGGACGGGGCCCCAGAAGAGAAGAAGCAGAACAAGCCAGGAGACAACAAGGACGGCAAGGACAGCAAGGACGGCAAGGACGGCAAGGACGGCAAGGACGGCAAGGACGGUGCCCUCGAGGGUCUCCGGGUCAAGCUGCUGCCCCACCAGGUCGAGGGCGUCGAGUGGAUGAAGGGCCGCGAGCUCGGCCCCGUCAAGAAGGGACGCGUGCCCAAGGGCGGCAUCCUCGCCGACGACAUGGGCCUCGGCAAGACGCUGCAGACCAUCGCCCUCAUCCUGAGCAACCAGAAGCCGCCCAAAGACGACAAGGAGAAGGGCUGGAAGAAGCACUUGGAAGGCGUCGAGAGGACGACGCUCGUCGUCGCGCCCCUGGCCUUGAUCCGCCAGUGGGAGGCCGAGAUCAAGGACAAGGUCGAGCGGUCCCACGGUCUCAAGGUGUGCGUGCACCACGGCCCGCAGCGGACCAAGCGCUUCCAGGACCUCGCCAUGUACGACGUCGUCGUCACCACCUACCAGAUCCUCGUCUCCGAGCACGGCCACUCGUCUGAUGCCGAGACCGGCGUCAAGGCCGGCUGCUUCGGGCUGCACUGGUGGCGUGUCGUCCUUGACGAGGCCCACACCAUCAAGAACCGCAAUGCCAAAUCCACAAAGGCCUGCUAUGCGCUUCGUGCCGAGUACAGGUGGUGUCUGUCGGGCACGCCGAUGCAGAACAACCUGGAGGAGCUGCAGUCCCUCAUCAAAUUCCUGCGCAUCCGGCCCUACGACGACCUCGCCGAGUGGAAGGACCAGAUCGAAAAGCCGCUGAAGAACGGCAAGGGGCACAUCGCCAUCCGCAGACUGCACAGCCUGCUCCGGUGCUUCAUGAAGCGGCGCACAAAAGACAUCCUCAAGGUCGACGGUGCCCUGAACCCCGGCGGCCAGCCCACCAAGGAGGGCGAGGAGUCGAGCACGGGCUUCAAGGUCACCGAGCGCAAGGUCGUCACGGUCGCCAGCAAGCUCUCGCCCGCCGAGCGCCGCUUCUACGACCGGCUCGAGGCCCGCACCGACGAGAGCCUCGAGCGCAUGCAGGGCAACAUGAACUACGCCAACGCCUUGGUGCUGCUGCUCCGCCUGCGCCAGGCCUGCAACCACCCCAAGCUGGUGGCGGGCAAGCUCGACAAGGACAAGGACGCUCUGUCGUCGGGGGACGCCUCGCAGAAGAACAACACGGGCGCCGACGUGGACUCGCUCGCCGACAUGUUCGGCGGCAUGGGCAUCGUGGCCAAGACGUGCGGCAUCUGCGGCCGCGACCUUCCCCGCGACGCGCACAAGACGGACCAGGACACGUGCCAGGAGUGUCUCGACGAUCUGGCCUACUUUAACGAGAACGAGACGGCCAAGGACAAGAAGCCCAAGAGCAAAAAGGGCAAGGUCAAGAAGAGUGUCGAGACGGUCAAGGUUGCGUCACCCGAAGGAGAAGAGGAGGGCAGCUGGCUCGUCCCCGAGGAUCAGCGAGGCCAACUGCGACUCGGUAAAGCGGGGGGGGAGAAGGAUGAGAAUUGCGAGGGCGGCGGCGAGUGGCUGGGCACCGAAGACUCGUUGCACGAGUCGUCCCGGGCAGACGAGAGCACGCAGCUGGACAGCUUCAUCGUCGACGACGAAAAGCGAGCGGUCAAGGCCGAGGCAGGAUCCGACUCUGAAUCAGACGACAGCUUUGCGUCCGUGGCAGAAAUUGCCUCCCAGGUCCGAGCCGAGAAGGAGGAGCGAACAUCACAAUCGGCAGCAUCCAGCUCGGACGACGCCGACUCGCAGACGUCUUCGGACGAAGACACAGGCAUUGACGAAUCCGAACUGCAGUCGGACGACGACGCGCACGACCGGCCCGGCGGCCAGGCGACCCAGAUUCUCGCCUCGGCCAAGAUUCGACAAAUGAUGCAGAUCCUGCACAAGGAGGUGCACGAACACAAGUUUAUCAUCUUCUCACAGUUCACGUCCAUGAUGGACCUCAUCGAACCCUUCUUCCGCAAGGACGGGCUCAAGUUUACGCGCUACGACGGCGGCAUGAAGAACGACGAACGCGAGGCGAGCCUCGACCGGCUCAGGAACGACAAGAAGACGCGCAUCCUGCUGUGCAGUCUCAAGUGCGGCAGUCUGGGCCUGAACCUCACGGCCGCGACGCGCGUCAUCAUUGUCGAGCCGUUCUGGAACCCGGUGCGUGCCCCCUCCCUUUGCAGCAGACAGAACAUGGCGGGCGAGUUGCUAACAGAGUGGCAGUUUGUCGAGGAGCAGGCCAUUGACCGCGUCCACCGCCUGACGCAGACCAUCGACGUCAUCGUCUACCGCCUCAUCGUCGAGGCGACGGUCGAGGACCGCAUCCUCGCGCUGCAGGAGAAGAAGCGCCUGCUCGCCCAGACGGCCAUCGAGGGCGGCAUGAAGAAGGACGUCAUGAAGUUUGGCCUCCGCGAGAUGCUCGACCUGUUCCGCAGGGACAACCACGCCGCCGACGCCGCCGCCGCGCACGACGUCUCCGUCGCGAGCAGCCGCCGCGAGAGCGUCGAGCCCGAGUCCGAGGGCCGGAGGACCCUCGCGGCGGCCAGGAAGCAGAGGGCGACGCCGGAGCACGAGGUCUACGGACGACGGUGGUAA